AUGAAUUCAAUAUUAUAUAUUUCAAAUUUUACAGAUAAAUAUAUUCAAGUUCAAGUUAAACAAAAUGAUCAAAACUUACCUAUUAUAUGUAAAUCUAUAGAUAAUAUAGAUAUUCCAUAUCUAUUUCCAAAUUAUACUAUUGAUAAAACUAAAGAAUAUAAUAUUUUUUAUAAAGAUAAAUUAUUAUAUAAUAUCAAACUAAUUAAAUAUUUUGGAAAUAUUAAUUAUGCAUUUUGGAAAUGUAUUACUCUUGAUAAACAAAUAUAUUUAGGAUUAUAUGAACUGGCUAAAAAAAUAAAUAUUUCAGAUAUUAUAAUAUGUAUUUAUGAAAAACAAGAAGAUAAAUACAAAGAAAAUAUUAAAAAGAUAAAUUUAUAUGGAGAUAAAUAUUUUAAUAUUAGUGAAAUUGGAUAUAUAAAUUUUUAA